UCCUCGUAAAAAGAAGGAUAAAUAGCGUUAGCCAAGAAUCCCCUUCCCAGUUCCCACAACAACCAUUCCCCUAAAUCAAAAAUCAAUAUAAAUAUAUAGGAGUAGUUUACAAGGUCAAGCUUGAACAUUACCCUUUUAUUUUAUUUAUUAUUUACAUUAAAAAACCGAAAAAUUCUCUACUUAGCUGUCUGUUGUUGUCCUUCUCCAUCUCUUUGUCCUAUCCGCUGUAAACAGUUUUCUGCUUCAUCGGAAGAUCAGUUGGAGAGCUUUGAAGUAUAAUUUUUUAAACAACUGAAUUCCCAACAAUAUUAAGAAAUGGUCAACAGGUAUGGAGUCUAUUAACGUGCAGCGAAUAUCAUGGUGCAGUGUGUAGAUGGUAUCCAGCAUUUAUUUCUUUCUCUUAUGCGAUGUUGUGACCUUGAAAUUACAAAACCACCACGAGGUCUUGAAGAUCCUGAACGCUUAGCGAGGGAGACUGUCUUUAGUGUGAGUGAAAUAGAAGCUCUUUAUGAGCUAUUUAAAAAAAUCAGCAGCGCUGUGAUUGAUGACGGUCUCAUCCAAAAGGAAGAAUUUCAGUUGGCCUUGUUUAGGACUAACAGAAGAGAAAGCUUGUUUGCUGAUAGGGUGUUUGACUUGUUUGAUACAAAGCAUAAUGGAGUUUUAGGUUUUGAAGAGUUCGCUCGUGGACUAUCCGUCUUCCAUCCACAAGCUCCGACUGAGCAAAAAAUUGAUUUUUCCUUUAAGCUGUAUGAUCUCAAGCAGCAAGGUUAUAUUGAGAGGGAGCAGGUGAAACAAAUGGUCGUGGCCACAUUAGCUGAAACUGGCAUGAAUCUUGCGGACCAUGUCAUAGAAGAAAUUAUUACUAAGACCUUUGCUGAAACCGAUACUAAACAAGACGGUAAGAUUGACAAGGAAGAAUGGAGAAACCUUGUCUACCGACAUCCAUCGCUGCUGAAAAACAUGACCCUACAAUAUUUGCAGGAAAUUACAAUCACAUUUCCGAGCUUUGUGUUCCAUUCUCAAGUUGAUGAUACCUAAGUUCCAUUCAAGUUUUGAUCUUAGAUCGAUUUAUCUGUUAAUUUAUUGAUUGGUUUUGGUUUUAUCAAACAAGAAUUGUUCAGAAUGGUUGUUUUCCUUUGAAGGAAUCCUUUUGUAUAGAGGUUUGAAAAAAGCUUUCUAAUAAUGUAAUUGCUUGCAUUUGCAUGCUUUUCUUUCCUAAGUGACAUAUUAUGAGGAGACAAUCUUCAUCUUUCAAAUCGUUUUGUGAGAUCAUUUUCUGAUAUA